AUGGUUCUUGCGACCGAUAAACGACGAAAAAGAAGAAAUACUACCAGGCUUACGGAGGCGCUCAAAAAUCGAACCUCUAUCACUGGCAUCGUCGGGGAAGUUGGGGCGAGUGGCAUCAAGUCCGUGAGAGACGAGACGGGAAACAAGAAAAUCGAUGGCGUCCUUCAAUCCACCGGCGUUGUUCCGUCGCGCGCCGCUAUCGAAGACGAAUAUGCGAGAAAGUUGCUAGCACUAUGCCGGAAGCCGCUAGGCUCUUACGAGUCGGGGACUCUUCGGGCCUCGUUAGACACUGUGAGAGGAGAGACGGAGGCAAUUGGGAAGACACAUAGUGCGAUUGCAUCGCAAAUGAAAAGCGAAUUGGAGGAACCACUCGCUGCGUUUGCAGGAGGUAUGAAGGAAAGAAGGAAAAUCGUUCAGUAUGGCAUUGAGAAGUUGCUGAAAACUAAAAUACACCAGCUCCAUGCUGUCAAUAAAUCAAGAGAUCGAUAUGAGCAGGACUGCCUUCGUAUUAAAGGAUAUCUAGCUCAAGGGCAUAUGGUAAUGGGUCAAGAAGAACGGAAAAACAAGGCUAAACUUGAAAAGACUCAGAUUCAAUUGGCCUCAAAUAGUAGCGAAUACGAAGCCGCUGUGAAGGUCUUAGAAGAGACCACAGGGAGAUGGAACAAGGAAUGGAAAGCUGCUUGUGAUAAAUUUCAAGACCUAGAAGAGGAGCGAUUGGACUUUACCAAGAGUAGUCUCUGGACCUAUGCGAAUGUCGCUUCUACUGCUUGUUCCUGCGAAAAAAUUCGAGUUUCCCUGGAAGGCUGCGAGGUCGAAAAAGAUAUCAGCUUAUUCAUUAAGGAGAGGGGCACCGGUCAAGAAAUACCUGACCCUCCAAAAUACAUAAACUUUUGUCGGGGCGAUCUCAACGACACAAGCUCAGAGACAUCUGAAGAAGAGAGUUAUUCUGUGGCCCAAUUCCAGCGCACGAUCAAUCCUGCCUUCAGAAGCGCUUCGCCACAGCCUUCUACUUACGAAUCUCACCACGACCCGGACUCUGAACUUGCAAGGAGGAUGGGCCACGGUGAUCCUGGUACACCCGCAAGUCGCGAAGCAACCGUAACUCCACAGAAGUCUGUGAAGCCAGCCCAGCCUCCGCAGCCCGUGCAGACGGUAGAGCCUCCGCAGAAAGUACAGCCAGUACAGCCUGUGCAGCCUAUACAACCCGUUCAAACUCCACAGCCAACACAGCCAGUACAGUCAAUGCAUCAAAUGCAACCGGAGUCAACACAGCAAGCUCAUCAACAAGUCCAAGCGUUCGAACAAAGCCUACUCACGGAUACGAGGCGUGGAGGUAAUCUUCCUCCAAAUUAUGAGCCAAGCCAACAUGGAGACAUUCCAAACGUCCCCCACAAUGAGUAUCCUACAGAUGGCAUGACGAUGUUCUGCCGAACAGGGCCCCCGUCAGAGCGAGGAUCUACCAUCAGUGUAAACCGCCCCUCAAGCCGAGAUUCACACUCAUAUAGUGAACUUUCAAAUCCUACGUCAUUCUCUAGCAUUGAACCCCCUAGCGGGAAGCAGUCUCCGACGAAACCUACCAAUGGCGUCCCAAUGCCUGGCAUGGCUAACAUGAAGCAGCCAGUUCAGAAGAAACGCAGUACGUUCUUUAGCAAUAGUCCGUUCCGGAGAAAGAGCAAGCAUGAAAAAGAACGCCAGAAUUCUCAGCAGGCCACCCCCCCGUCAACAAACCGCAAUACAUGGGCUGCUCCAAAACAGUCGAAAACUGCUAGCCAGAUAUACCAGAGACAGCCAACUUUUGAGCCUGAACGUCGUACUCGAAGCCCAGAGUUGAUUGACCCCAGAGCAAACUUUCAGCUCAAUGUCGGCAACAAUGUUUUUGAUGUAGCAUCGCCAGAAGCCACAGCACGACGAGGACCUCAAGCCGCUGGCAACAAGGAGAAUGACCUGGACCCCAUUGCCCAGGCCCUCGCCGAACUCAAAGGAGUCGGAAAGCAGUCAUCUGUCCGGGUUUCGGCCGAUCGAUAUCAUGGAAUAUCAACCCCAGCUCCCCCUUCUGCUGCAUCCAGUCAGCCUCUCGCUCCUAUACAGGACAGAAACAAGGCUGCUGCAAAACGGGGUACACCCCCGCCGUCAUACAGUGAUACAGCCCCCAUCAAGCGCCUAGAUCCACCGCGACCGGCAUUCACCUCGGCUCAGAUGCAGAAGACAACACAGAAAUAUGUUGGGCAAACACAGAACUUGUUCAGCAGCUCUACUCGGUCGCAAAGAAGCGCGGCACCAAGUCAACCCACUUCUCAAGGACAAUCAGUUUCCCGCGCUGUGUCUCCUGCACCAAGGCGAAGUGCUAGUCCUCAGCCAGUCGUCAAUACUGAACGCCGUCAAUCCCAAUACAGUAUCAAUAAACCUUCCUCAAACUCGUAUCAGUCGAGUAGUAUGAACAGCAGAUAUCGACAAUCCCCUGCUACCACACCUACAAAGCCCGUUGCUGAACCCUCUUACUCACAACAGUAUCCCCAACGCGCAUCCCCCAGCCCAGCCCCUCGCGCAUCCCCAAGUGUCUUACAUCGAGCUGUAUCGCCACAGCCACAAUUUAUAAGACCAGAGCGCCCUGCAAGCUCAAGCGGAAUGGAGCUUCAGCUGUCGACCAACCAAAUGGAAAUGCAUACCGGCGGCCAAAUGGGGGGUGAAUAUGGGGGUCAUUCACGGUCAUAUAGCCAUGUGGACAAUACGCAACGUCCGAUGAGUAUGUAUUAUGGUUCGGCUUCAGAUGUGGGAACUAGUGUUCAGCCAUAUCGUAGCAGAAGCAGGAGCGUAGCUGCACCAGAUGGAAGACCGUUAAGUCGAGACGGCCGUCCAAUUUUACAUUUUGCACGAGCAAUGUAUAGUUAUACGGCCGCAAUUCCCGAGGAAUUGGGCUUCACAAAGGGAGAUAUUCUCGCUGUGCUCCGCCAUCAAGAUGAUGGAUGGUGGGAGGCAGAAAUUACGGGGAGCCCUACCCAUCCUGGCCUCGUACCUAGCAAUUACUUGCAACGCUGCUAA